GAGCAUAAAUAUGAGAACUGAGUUUUUACGAGAGAUAAACCCCAAUUCUCUCUCUUUUUCUUUCCUAAAACAUCCCAAAUCAUGUCCUUGAAAUUAAAACCUACACUCGAAGAAGUCCAAGCUAUUGUAUCUGCUGGCAAAGGAAACACCAUUCCUAUUUAUGCUGAAUUAGAAGCUGAUUUUUUGACACCUGUUUCAGCCUACUUGAAAGUCGCGGAUCGUUGCGAUUAUUCAUUCUUGUUUGAGUCUGUGGAAGGAGGCGAAAACAUUAGUCGUUACUCAUUUAUCGGCUCAGAUCCUUACAAGUUGAUCAAGGUGGGUAAAGAUGAAGCUGUUCAUGGCGAUCCUCUUGUCCCCAUUCAAAAGGAGUUAGCUGAUAUUAAAUAUGUCAAAGUGCCCGGACUCCCAAGUUUUACUGGUGGUGCUGUGGGUUACAUUGGUUUUGACUGUUAUCAAUAUUUCGAGCCAAGUAUUACAGGCGACCUUGAUGAUCCUUUAGGUAUUCCUGAUGCCAUUUUCAUGAUGUGUGAUACUCUCGUCAUCUUUGACCGUGUGCGUCAAAUUGUCAAUGUCGUGUCUCAUUUCCGUAGUGAUGCUACGGACCCUAUUGAAGUAGAAAAGGAAUACACUAAGGCAGCGGAAGAGAUUGAAACCACACUUUCACUCUUAAAUGAAGAACGUAUCCCUCGUGUUCCUCAAGGACCGGUUACUUUAGGUAAAGAAGCCGUAUCUAAUGUGGGUGAAGAUGGUUAUAAGGGUUUUGUAAGUACCUUGAAGCAUCAUAUCAAGGAAGGUGAUAUCUUCCAAGCCGUUCCUUCUCAACGUUUAGCUCGUCCUACCGACCUUCAUCCAUUUAACGUGUAUCGUCACUUGCGGUCCUUGAAUCCCUCUCCUUACAUGUUUUAUAUGAAUUUGAAGGGAUUUACUAUUGUCGGUGCUUCUCCCGAGAUGUUGACUAAAGUACAAGAUGGCAUUGCUUUCACACAUCCUAUUGCCGGUACACGAAAGCGAGGAAAGACCCCUGAGGAAGACAAGGCUUUAGCUAAAGAUUUAUUAAGCGAUCCCAAGGAGCGUGCCGAGCAUGUCAUGCUGGUUGAUUUAGGUCGUAAUGACAUCAACCGUAUUUGUAAACCCGAAUCAGUCAAGGUGGAUAAAUUGAUGGAAAUCGAGUUAUAUUCUCAUGUCAUGCACAUUGUUUCUAAUGUGUCGGGCGAAUUACGUGAUGAUAAAACUCCAUUUGAUGCGUUCCGUGCCAUCUUCCCUGCUGGUACUGUGUCGGGAGCUCCCAAGAUUAGAGCAGUUAAAUUGAUUCGUGAAUUGGAAAAGGAAAAGAGAGGUAUCUAUGCUGGUUCAGUGGGUUACUUUGAUUACUCGGGUGGAUUAGAUACUUGUAUUGCUAUUCGUACUAUGGUUUUUAAAGAUGGUGUGGCUUACUUACAAGCGGGUGGCGGUAUUGUCUAUGAUUCCGUUGAACAUGAUGAAUACAUUGAGACCAUGAAUAAGAUGGGCUCUAAUUUGGCUACUAUUGAUCAAUGUGAACGUAAAAUUUACGACCAACAACAGGCUAAGCAAUAA